GAUGACACAAACUAGACCGGCACUACAGACGACGGCGUCGACUAUCCCUCUGGUGAAUGAAUGUGCGAGGUUAGCGCGGAAGGUGGAUGAGUUUCUAGGAUCAGCGAGUGGAGAAGGAGAUGUGCGGAGUCGGACGAUUGAGAGGACGAGGAAGUCGUUGGAGGUUAUUAGUGAGGGGUUGAGGAGAUAUACGUAUGUAUCAAGUUGAAUGAUUGGUGAUGAGAAGAGAGAUUAUUGACUAGAAGUAUAGAUUUGAUGAACUUGCGAUAUCGUUCAAUGGAGGAAAGGAUUGCCUGGUGAUGCUGGUGCUGCUGCUGGCGAGUAUACACUACCACAAAGCAGAGUAUGCACCCCAGCGGAUCCACAGCGUGUACGUGCAAUCCGCCAACGCGUUUGAGGAAGUGGAUGAGUUUGUGAUGGAAUGCGGGGAGCAGUACUCGCUCGACCUGAUCCGGGUUCCGGGCCCGAUGAAGGCCGCGUUUGAGAAGUUUCUGAGCGCGCGCCCGCAGAUCAAGGCGAUUAUGGUCGGAACCCGCCGGACGGAUCCGAACGGUGCGGGAUUGGGGGAUUUCGACGAGACAGAUGGGGGAUGGCCGCGGUUUAUGCGGAUCCAGCCGGUGAUUGAGUGGCAGUACGAGGAGGUGUGGUUUUUUCUGAGGGAGGUGGGGAUCAAGUACUGCGUGCUGUAUGACCUGGGGUAUACUUCUCUAGGAGGAACUACGGACACGUUCAAGAAUCCUGCGCUGAGGGUGGGCGAGGAGUAUCUGCCCGCACACGAGCUCGAGGACGGGACGAAGGAGAGGAUGGGGAGGGCGUAGGUUAGAUAAGCAUGACGUAAUAUAUGUUAGUAAAGUGUUUGUCAGCAAGAGAAGGUGAGACAGGGGCAGAACCGGCGGUUGGGUACGGCUGCAGCGGUACUCUGCUGCCCUUUGCUUAAGACUGUAGUGGUGCUAUUAGUUGGGUAGAUAUAGAUGAGAUAUAAGC